CCUUUUUAAAAACGAUCAGUCGAAUAAAUCAAAUUUCGUGAUCAGAGCGAAUCGAAUCCCGUAAUUUGUUGUGAAUCAGAUUGCGUUUUGGCCCCGAAUAAAGUGCGAAAUGUUUCAUUACUAGUUUAAGUGGCAUUACAAUAGAUAUUUAGAUCGACACUCUGCAUUUGCAAGACGUUCCUCCGUACGUUGGGCUGCCUGAUGGAUCCAGGAAAAAUGGAUAUAACUCCGGAGGAACUUCGGAAGCGUAUUCCCAAUUGGUCGUUGGAAUCUGAUGGUCAAUUAUUGCAGUACAUGGUAAAAAUUUCCAAGAAUUUAGAGGAAAAAUGCAAACAAACACAGGAAAAUAUGAACCGAAUGUUGAUGCAGGGCGAGGAAAGUCACAUCCGUUUCGCCAAUGCUUCUAAUAACUUCAACGGUAUUCAGCAAUCGAAAUUUGUGGAAAACCGUGUCGAAGACGACGAUGAAAGCUUCUACUCAGUUCGGGAAGAAAUCGAAGAACCCGGAGAAAAGCUGCCACAUGCGGAAAUAUUUCAGAUGGCUGUUGAGCGUUCGGUAAACGUCAUGUACAGAUGCUUCGAGAAAGUGACUGUUGAACUGGACAGCGAUAGCGAAAGUGAUGACGAAGAGGAAGCUGCUGCUAGGAAUACUGUUUUAAGGGCUAUUCAGAAAUAUCCUUACAUACAUCGUCCGCUGCCUCACCUGAUAGGAUCGGCAGAAUGGCGCGACAACUGGCACGUGGGGUUAAUAGAUUCCGAAGAAGAAUCGGAGACGGAAACAAAAGAUCAGUAUUCUGAUUCCAGCGAUAGUGAUGGAAUGUUACCGUCACGAGCAGAAAGUAAUAAUACUCCUUCGGAAUCUGAAGGAUCGGUUUGGGGAAUUCAUUCGGACCCCCGGAGAAGAGCGCCUUCCAUGGAUCCAAGUAUUUCCGAGGACACUUUGUCGAUACAUUCUACUUCAAGUUCUAUUCGGCCUGCGUCUAUGCGUGGAAUGAUCGGACAGCAGAAAGUUGCUGUCUUGCCAGGUCCAUCGUUCAAACCACCGGUGUUGUUCCCAGAUCGGCCGCCCGAUGACACGACAAGUAUAUCAUCUCGGUCAAGGGUUCCAAAUUUGUUCGAAGAGUCAGAUGAAGACGAAUCGACUCCGAUUCACAGGCCAACUGUCGCUCCGGUGGCGGACAAACAGAACUCUUCUUAUUUCAGAGGGAAUCAACCAGAACGUAGAACAAUCAAUCUUUUUUCUGACGAACCACCUCCAACGAACAGUUGUGAUCCUACAACGAUUGAUAGUCAAGUGACCCAAACAAGGAAACCUCCAGUUAAUUUAUUCAUUGACAGCGAUGAUGAAGAAAAUAUGUUCAACAACAAUCCUUCUAAAGCAACCUCGGUUUAUCAGAAUGAACCUCCUGAUUUGCCACCCACUGGUGUUAACAAAGGCUCCAAUAUGUUUGACGAAAGCAGUAAAAAAAUUCCACCAUCAGCGACUAUUUCCUUUGAAAAGAAUAAUAACACGAAUGAAAUUCUGGCAGACGACGAAGACAUCUUCGUUCCGGUACAAAGAUCGAUUAAUGGCGCAGAAGAAUCGAAACGAACAACUAUUCAAAGAAUAACCAAUCUUUUCGACGAUGAAGCCCCGAUUGAUGAUUUUGAUGAAAUAUUCAAACCAAAAUCUACAACUGUGCGUAAAAUUCCCGGUGCUAAACUGGUGCUUCCGGUUUCAACUAGUGGGCCUAAAAAGGAAGAGAAAAAGCCAGAUGUGCCAAAAGAAAUCGAACCAAUUGUUGCGUCUCCGCCUAGAAAAGUGAAUCUCUUCGACGAUGAAGGUGAUGAUGAAGACAUACUCUCACCAAAGCCAACUAGAGAAGCAGUUCCACCAAAAACAGGUAUUGUGAAACAAGAACCAAGAAAUGCUGUCAAUCUUUUCAACGAAGCUGAUGAUAACCAUGAUGAUAUUUUCUCGAAUGUAUUCAACAAAAAAGGAAAUCCGAUAGAAUCAAGCAGACGAAAAGUCAAUCUUUUCGGCGACGACUUGGAUGAUGUGCUUGAGAUACCGAAACCAAAUCUUCCUGAACUCGCUAAUGUAUUAGCACCUGCUGUAACUCCUUCAGAAAUAAAAGUUUCGGAACAAUUUGCGCAAAAUAACGAAUUCACUGAAGAAGUUCAGAAACCUGUAGAAGAACGUUCCAGUAUUCGCGCAGAGAUUCUAAAAAAGAAAUCAAUUUUUGAUUCAGAUUCCGAAGAGGGUGAAGAUUUCUUGAGCGAAACUAAACCACCCUUGGGAGCGGCAAAAGAAACAUCUCAAGAACCACCGAAAACUUUGAAUGCAGAUAAAGCGAGUGACACGCACGUAUUAGAACAAAAACUUAUAGAAACUGCAACAGCUCCAUCAGGAACAAAAGUUUCGGAACAACCUGCGCGAAAUAAGGAAUGCACUGAAGAAGUUCAGAAACCUGUAACAGAUCAAUCCAGUAUUCGUGCGGAGAUUUUGAAGAAGAAAUCAAUUUUCGAUUCAGAUUCGGACGAGGGUGAAGACUUCUUGAACGAAACUAAACCGCCUUCUGAAGUGAUCAAAGAAACACCUCAACCACCACCAAGAACUUUGGAUGCCGAUAAAGCCAGUGAUACGUACACAUUAGAACAAAAAGUUAUAGAAACUGCGAAAGAUGAAAGAAGUGUGAGUAACGAUCAAAAUAAUAAACCUAAAAUAAAGCCUGAAAUUCCUGAUGAGCCUCCGGAGUUGGAUUCAUGGGAAGAAACCCCACCGGAAGAUAACUACCCUCAUGUUUCAAAUGAUAUUGAAUAUUUCUUAACAACAAAUGAAGUCACCAGUAAUCCAGUUGAAGCUUCUCCAGAAAAAUCCUUGAACAGUAGUAAAGAUGAAAAUGUCAACCGACUCUCGAACUCAGCAAAUAAAACUUUGAUUCCUGAUCAAAUUGAACAUAAUGACCCUCAAAUUGCGAUCGCAACUCCUAUCAAGGGAGAAAUGUUGCCAGAAUCCAACAAAAGUGCCUUAAACUUUAGUCCGAUCGGGUUAUUUAGUGAUUUACCGCCACCGGAUGACGAUUUUUGUGAUUUUCCCAGUUCUAGUCUGCCAGUUUAUGCUGACGAUGAAGCAAUUUUCGAGAGUAAGCCCUUGCCUUCAGGUGAAAAUUCUACAGGCCCAACUGUAGGUGGGAAUUCCAAUCUCAGUAAAUACCUUUUCAUGGACGAUGAUGGGCCUCCUCCUGACGAUACUAGCGCAACUAGAUUGGCUGACAUUGAUGAAGUUGACAAAGUAAAAGUAAAUCAAAUCCAAAAUAAGGAAUCUAAAUCGUUGUCUAGUCCUGAUAAAUUAUCUGCAUUAGAAGCAAAUGCCGAAAAAUCAAGGAUUCAUCGAUUGAGUGCAAGGGUCAACAUAAAUGUCAAUGCUCUGUUACCUGGUGCUAAAAGGCCUCCUCAAUCAGUUACUGUGCAACCUGAAGAGAAAGAGGAAUCUGCGAAUACAAAUUCAGCAUCGACUCCAGUAGCCAGCGUUAUUAGUCGGUCAGAAAGCGAAAGCAACCGCCUGGUGGGGCCCAAUAAAACUCGCGCCAAAAUUCAAGUUAAGCGCAAACCAUCUUCUCGGCAGCAUCGCAGGGCAGUUUAUGAAAAUAGUUUGCCCGAUAGUCCAGAAAUUUCGGCCACCACAUCUGCUUCUUCAUCAGAACCCGCAACAGUAGAACCAAACAAAGAAGUUCGUGUUGUCGUAGGGUCAGAGUUUAAAGCACAGCACGUUGAAAUUACUGCUGCCCACCUUACUGUUGAACAGCUUUUAUCUAGCGAUCUCACUCAAAAGUUGUCCCAGCCGAAACUUUCGGAAUAUGCGAAUAAUGAUGACAAUCUCAACAGUAAAACCGAUAUAUCAAACUCAAUUUUACCAAAGACCCUUAGGGCUGAAACUAAAUCAUCCAGCUCGGAUUCAAUGAAGCUUCCUAUCAACUCCCUUAUUUCUCAAAAUAAUACCAAAUUGUUUAGUGACGAAGAUUCCGAUGACGAUCUUUUCGGUAGUAAGACAACACGUCGCCUAGUAAAUCGUAUCACUGAUAAAGCGGUUAAACCAUCAAAUUUACAACCUCCAGUAUCGAGUUCUGUGAGUCACGCACCAACCAGUGUUUCAAUUUUUGAAGAUUCGGAAGACGAUGAUCUAUUUUCCUCAAAAUCGAAAUCCCGUGAUUUCUCAUCGGCAAGUAGUAAAGUGAAUGCCGCAACGAAAAUGCCAACAGCAAUCAGUGAUAAGAUUCAGGCAACUAAUCAUCAGCAAACGAAAAGCUUGUUCGGUUCCGAUGAUGAAAGUGAUGGCGAUGAUCUUUUUGGAGGAUCGAAGAAGCAAACCAAAAAGCCAGUUGCCUCAACCGGGCUUAAUCGUGCUCACACUAACAAGGCAAAAUCAAAACCAGCAAUUGAAUCUAAAAGUAUUUUUGAGGACGAUGACGAUGACGAUGAUUUGUUUAGCGGAGCUAUAGCAAAAUCGAUACCGAAACCGCCGUCAUCGAAUAAACCAACCAAUGAGACUGUAUCGUAUCAUUCAAAACCAGUGGCAGAUGACCCGUUGACUAAGUUACUUGGUGGGUCGUGAAAUACGUAACACCAUUAUGAAGGUAAGCAUUUUUCAUGAGGUUUUUUUUUAUUCGUGUUUCAUAGCUUAUACGUUGAAAAAUUUUAGAAAACAACGAUGGAAAAUCUAGUCAAAAUUAUUCCCUGGGGCAGGUGUUUUGAAAAAAAAAACAAAAAAAGAUUGCUUGAGAUUUCGAUUUCCGUUAUGUUUAGCUAAAUUCGGCUGUAUUUGUUGCAAUUUCCCAUUUGCUUUUUGAAUCAUUCCAUUCAAGUUGCUUUAAUACUAACGUGCAUUAUGCGGGGUUGUCUGAAUAAUAUUCCUGGGAAGCGAUUACCUGAAUUCUUUCUGUUUUGUGAUUAUGUGAUCGAACAACGUUAGACGUUAGAGCGCUAUAAAACGACAAGGCAACGUGUGAGUUCAGUUCCACUUUGAAAUGAUCUUGUAUAUGUUUUGUAUCUACUGUUCAAAACAGAAUAAUCUUGUAUGCACAUAUGGUACUUUGUACUAGAGAACUUAGUUAUGCAUAACAUAGAUACCUAUACCUACAAUUAUCGAACAAUGUUGUUGUUACAAAUCUUUUAUACGCACUAGAUUAAUAGUAAAUGAAUACAUGUAUAUUGCUAAUCUCAUA